GACAGUCUUCGUUCACGCAAAGAAGGCCGGUGUGGUCUGCAAAGUAAGAGAGGAGAGUGCGUGUCGUGGAAUUGGUCUGUACGGCCGGGGCAGGGCAAUGCAUCGCGAUUUGAGAUCAAUGGAAACGUGAAGUUGCGAGAUAGCUACCUAGGUAUUCAUUCAGUUCGAUUCCGUUCCGGGUCUGUCUUGUCUUGAAAAAGGAACAAUUAUUGAUUUUGUAUUGCUUUUUGCACCGGAUCUUGGAUCUUGGAUCUUGGAUCUUCCGAGUUGCGUUGAAAGGUAACUAUGAUCUCCUUCCUUCAUCCUGAGUCACCCGUCCCCGCACUUUUAGCAUUCUAGUAGUAGCUCCGCCAAAAAAGUGAUCUUCAACGAAUACAAUUCUUUGACGCUCUACGAAACCGAGACACAAGUUGGGAUAAAACGCUCAAGGUACCUAUCCUGCACAAAUUCGACAUCAACUAGAAAGCAUUCGAAUUCGACAGUAACCGUGACAGCAUCAGUAACUCUAAACUGGCAAUCCAAACAGCAAAGCAUCACCGAGGGGCUUUCACUCGCACAAAUAUUCGACAUCUUCAAACCCACCCAGCCGUCACUUACCACUCGAAAUCUUUCCCCUCCAAAUCCAUCCACCUCCAAAUUUUUCACUGUCACAUCCAAUCUCCAAGCCAACAAAAGACAUGCCUCCAGUUCAUAGUGGAGGGUAUGCGCCAAACCUUGGUGCAUACUUAAAAUCAUUAAAAAGUCAGCCAGUUGAGUCAUCCAUAGAAAAUUUGAUAUCACUCUUGAAACGACGACAGAUAAGAACUUCGAGAUCAUGCGCCAUAGCCACAGCUCAUUUAUUACUCCAAGUUGUCGCAAAGCAAAGAUGGACGGAUAUCACAAAACUUUUGGAACGGGUUCGGAAAGUAGGGCAAAGGUUGAUCGAAGCCCAACCAAGGGAAAUGGUUGUUAGCAAUAUCGUCCACCGAGUCUUAGGUAUGAUCAGAGACGAAGCAAAAGAGGAUCGCAGCGAGGAUGUCAGUGAUUCAGCAUCGACCAGUCAAAUUGGUUCGCCCAUGCGUGAGGGCUUCAGCGAUGUGGCAUUACCAAGGGCGUCACACAGCUCGCGGCCUCCUCUAAUGACAUCACAUACGUCCUAUGCGGCUCAUUAUAACAUGCCUGUGCAGCAAUCAAUGUUCAACCUCCUCUCCGCUGCUCCUUCGCCGGCCUCAACGCCCCCAGGGACCGCGUCUCCUCAUGGCAGAUCUGUGGUAGACAUGACUUCACUUGCGCACAAGAUGGCCUCUAGCACGAAGGAUCUCAAGGCCGAAAUCAUACAGGGUAUCGAGGAAAUUAUCGAGGAGCUCGAUCAAGUCGAUGAUCAAAUUUCUAGUUAUGCGCAGGAGCAAAUUUCCGAGAAAGAAGUUAUACUCAUUCACGGCUCCUCAAGGAGUGUCCAAAAGUUCUUACUGAAAGCCGCAGAGAAGAGAAAUUUUAUUGUAAUAGUUGCUGAAUCGUACCCAAAUGACCAUUCUACGACUCAUUCUACGAUUACUGGAAAAGGGGAGCAAGAGGCCGAUGACGAUUUGGACGUAGAAACCAUGCUAAAGCCACUUUCGGCUGCUGGAAUCACAGUUAUUGCUAUAACAGAUGCUGCAGUAUUCGCGGUAAUGCCGAGAGUUACCAAGGUUAUUUUGGCUACCCAUACUGUUAUUGCUAACGGUGGAUUGGUAGCCGCAGCUGGGGCACGCAUAAUAGCAAAAGCUGCAAAGUUCCAUCGAAUUCCAGUCAUUGUUGUUAGCGGUGUCUAUAAGCUCAGUCCGGAAUACCCUUUCGAAUUUGAAUCGCUCAUUGAAUAUGGCGAUCCUGGAAAUGUCGUUGGGUUUGAGGAUGGUGAGUUUGUAGAUAAGGUUGAAGUCGACAAUCCUCUUUUCGACUAUGUCUCCCCUGAUUUAGUUGAGCUUUAUAUUACCAACUUAGGAGCCCAUGCGCCGUCUUAUCUAUACAGGAUAGUUGCAGAACACUAUAAACCGGAAGAUAUAAAUUUUCAUAAGCCAGAACUCCAAUUGUAAAUGUAAUUAGGUGGUUUGAAAAAUGAAAAUAAUCUUCUACGGUUUCAAUUUGAUCCUAUGUUAUGAAUUUCUUCUGAUGGGAGGUAUUAAAUAGGCCCUGCUGGUAUGAUUCUAGAGCCCAGUAGUGUACGAGGAAUCCAUCCAUGGAAAGUUUCAAAGGUAUUGCAAACUAAGAUGUUCGGAACUCGUACUUUGAGCCAAGCUUUAGUGGCGGAAUCAUCGAUAUCAACAACUUGGAUCCCAAUGACGUUUGUAAUGCAAUCAACAAACAGUAAACUCUCUUGGUACCA